CGUUCUCGUCAACAUUGCAAUAUUGCUCAGCAAUAUUGCAAUGUUGAUUGGCUAAUUGCCCGCAGCAAUUACGAAUGAGCGCGGGCAAUUUACAACGGUCGGCAGAGGUCCAGUCGAGACAAUCGAGUAAAUCUAUUUCAAUGAUAUGUCGUCUAUCCAAAAAACAAAAGUUGUUUCGCUACCUGUUCGGAAGCGUAUGUUGGAGCUUUGGUUAAGCGGAGAGACUUUUACGGCUAUUGCUAAUUGCACUGGUGUCACAUCGAAAACAGUGUCAAAUAUUUUAAGCAAAUUUAUUCAGCGCGGUCAUUUACUCCCAUUAAAGCCUGGCGGCAAAGAAAGGCAUAUUGCUACCCAACCAGUUGUAGAAUACAUUGAAUAUCAAAAAAUUUCCAAGCCCAGUAUUACAGCUUUGGAAAUUCAAGUGGCACUUGUCAAUGAUGGUAUUUGUAAUUUGGAGAAUUUGCCGUCCAGAUCGACAAUAAGCGAUGUGCUUAGAAAAGAUUUGAAUUUCACUUAUAAGAAAUUAAAAGUGGUGCCACAAGAAUCUUUAACCGAAGAAAAUCAAUUGAAAUUAUUGCAUCACGCAAUGUUCAUGAGCCAAGUUGACCCAUCAAGAGUUCAUUUUUUUGACGAAUGUUCUGUUAAAAGAACAACGGGCAAUCGCGUCUAUGGACACGCUGAAAGGGGAAGGAGAGCCGUGGAAGUUAAACGUUACGCGUCCGACUGUAACUACACUAUAAAUUUACUGCAGAGCAGAUUUGGCAUAACUCACUUCAAUCUGUUAGAAGGAGCAUCAAAUGGUCUUGAAAUGUUACAAUUUUUCCACGAAAGCAUGCAAGUUGUUGAUGAAGUUUACGGAAAUCCUGUGUUGGCACAAGGAGAUAUAGUUGUGAUGGAUAAUUGCAGGUUCCACCACGGACACUUUGCAGAGGCCGAACUGCGAAGAAUACUUGGUCAGAGAGAUAUAACUCUAAUAUUUCAACCUCCAUAUUCUCCCGAGUUGAAUACGUGUGAGUUCAGUUUCAGUGUUAUCAAAUCUUUUCUUAGGAGGCAUGAAUAUUUUGCAGUUAACUUUACUGAACUUGCAAUUAUUCGCGCCUUAGAAGUUAUUACUCCAGACAUGUGCAGAAGAUUUUUCAUGCACUGCGGUUUUUUAGUUUAAACGUACGUUUAUGCAUGUUC